AAACAAAACCAGAGAACUUUGACAAACCACUUACAUGAUGACACCCCUCAAAGCCUGGGGAACACAGACCUAGGAGGUCUGUGAGAUCACUGAGCCCACCCUCUACCUCCCCUCCGCCCUUGAAGGGGGCUCCUUGUGUCUAGGAGGAAGCAUCAGCAGCUCUGACUCGGCAGCCUUCUCGGAAAGAUGCAGCCCCUCCUGCUCCUGCUGGCCUUCCUUCUGCCCCUUGGGGCUAGGACAGCCUUUUCUUUCAGAGGACAUCAUUGGGGGCCAUGAGGCCAAGCCCCACUCCCGUCCCUACAUGGCGUUUGUCCAGUUUCUGACCAAGGAGGGUAAGAAGAGGUGCUGUGGCAUCCUGGUGCGAAAGGACUUUGUGCUGACUGCUGCUCACUGCAAAGGAAGUUCAAUAAACGUCACCCUGGGGGCCCACAACAUCAAGGAGCGUGAGAGGACGCAGCAGCUCAUCCCUGUGAGAAAGGCCAUUCCCCACCCAGAUUAUGACCCUAAGAACUUCUCCAACGACAUCAUGUUACUGUGGCUGGAGAAAAAGGCCAGGCAGACAGCAGCUGUGAGGCCCCUCAAGCUGCCCAGGGGCCACGCCCAGGUGAAACCAGGGAAGGUGUGCAGUGUGGCCGGCUGGGGCCAGGUUGCGGUGGGCACUUUAGCAACCACACUGCAGGAGGCGCAGCUGACAGUGCAACCGGACAAGACGUGUGAAGACCUCUUCCCAGAUUACUACAGCAGGUCCACCGAGAUUUGUGUGGGGGACCAAAAGAAAAUGAAGACCAGUUUUCAGGGGGAUUCCGGGGGACCCCUUGUGUGUAACAAGGUGGCCCAGGGCGUUUUCUCCUAUGCACCAAAAAAUGGGACACCUCCAGGAGUCUUCAUUAAGGUCUCCCACUUCCUGGCCUGGAUAAAGAGAACAAUGAAGCGCCCCUAACAACAAGCAUAGGCUGACCUUCCUGUGUGCUUGGCCACAUUUUUUUUUUUUUUUUUUUUUUUUUUAGACA